AUGGGCGAAGGAGGUUACAGGCAAAUCAACAAAGGGCUCAACGUUUCUGUCUUCGACAGCUACCUUGAGACACAGCAGGCGCAACUGCCAAAGCUCGAAAACGUCCAACAGCUGAGCCCCAGGGUGAUACGCAUACUCGGGCAAAAUCCUGGCAAGUUCACGCUCCAGGGCACAAACACGUACAUCGUCGGCACCGGCAACAAGAGGCUCAUCAUAGACACCGGCCAAGGAAUACGCGAGUGGGCGCACUUGGUCGAAGCCACCCUUGGCAAGCAUGGCAUUGGCCUAUCGCACAUAAUGCUUACACACUGGCAUGGCGACCACACCGGCGGAGUGCCAGACCUGCUUCGAAUGUUCCCAGAUCUCUCGGAUCGCGUAUUCAAGCACAGCCCCUCCGAGGGGCAGAGGCCAAUCGCGGACGGAGAGACGUUCAGCGUUGAAGGUGCCACUGUAUCGGCCGUCCACGGACAAGGCCACUCGCACGAUCACGUCUGCUUCGUCCUUGAAGAGGAGAACGCCAUGUUCACGGGCGACAACGUCCUUGGCCAUGGGACGAGCGCUGUGGAGCACCUCGGCAUUUACAUGCAGACCCUCGAGAAGUUGAAGGCAAAGGGCUGCAUGGUGGGUUAUCCUGCUCAUGGCGACAUUAUCGUCGAUCUGGGGGCAAAGAUCACGCAGGAGCUUUCCGCCAAGACACGCCGCGAGCAAAGAUGUAUAGAUGCUUUAAGCAAGUUGAAGAGGGAGAGGGGUGGGGGGGCAGGGGGCUUGGCCAGCGCCACGGUAAAGGAACUUGUGCUUGCUAUGCAUAGUAGUCAGCUCGACGAAGUGAUAAGAUUGUUGUUGUUGUUUGGCUAA